AUGGAAGGAGUGUCUUCAGCAUCCAUUGAAGUUCUUCUCCAAAACCUCAUCAACCUUUUUAGUGAAGAGUACUCUUUACUUCGAAGUUUCGAUGAAGAUGCCCAGCAGCUGCAGAGGACAUUGGGGAUGAUUCAAGCCUACUUGAAUGAUGCUGAGAAGAAAUCCAUCACCCAAGAUGCCGUCAAGCUAUGGUUGAGGGAGCUUGAAGCCGUGGCUUUCGAUGCUGAAAAUAUCUUGGAUGAACUCAGCUAUCAUCUUCUCCACAAAAAAGUGAAGAAAAUGAAAUCAUCCAAGGAUAAGGUACUAUCAUGCUUCUCAUCCUUUAAUGGCAUUUUGCGUCGGCAUGAUAUGGCUCACACAAUCAAACAAAUCAAUGCUAAUUUUGAGUCUAUGAACAAAAGAGCAACAGAUCUUGGCAUUCAAAGCAUGGUUGUGAAUGCACCUGCUCCGCUGUUGCUCAUACUUCCGUCGAGACGGAUUCGUUCAGUCUUGAUCCAAUCUUUAUUGGAAGAGAUGAGGAUCUGCCUAAACUAG